GUACAGUGAGGUACCCUGCCAUACAGACGUCUUCUGGUAUCUGUCCCAGCACUACAGACGGGUUGCUGCCGUGACACAUAUACGUCCUGAAGCCCACCUCACCACAUCUCAAGCAUUCACUCUGACUAUCCAGGGCAGCAAGAUAGGUACAAACAUACUUGUUAAGAUGGAGAAGGGCAAAAAGACAAAAAGCAGUGAGGUGAGAGUUGGUCACUGUCUGAAUGAAGCUGAGAAGCUGCAUGUUGCCAGAAGGAGAAAAUCUGCUCUACAGUGCCUGAAGCAGCACAAUAUAUUGUGCAGAGAGGAUGAGGUGCCUAACAUCGCAGUGCUGGGCUCUGGUGGUGGUUUGCGAGCGAUGGUUGGACUGCUGGGGUCACUGUGUCAGCUGAAAGAAGAUGGACUGCUGGACUGCAUCAUGUACCUGAGUGGAGUUUCAGGAUCUGUUUGGUGCAUGGCAUCGCUAUAUAAAGAACCAGACUGGUCCACCAAACUGGAGACUGUGAAAGAUACCAUCGUCCGAAGGCUUGCUGACGGCAGUGUCAGCUGGUGGAAGAUGGGUCAAAAGCUGAUGCAAUACUACUCAGAAAAAGACAACUUCAGCCUGACCGAUGUGUGGGCAGCACUGAUUGUGUCUAACAUGGUCAAAGAGAUUGAUGAACACAGAAUCUCAGAGCAGAGGGGCAACUACACCAAUGAACCGUAUCCCAUUUACACUGUGAUUGACAAUAGAAUGAGUACAGAUCCUUGGUUUGAGAUCACUCCAGAUGAGUCAGGUUAUUCUCUCUCUGGAGUCUUCGUUGAUUCCUCCUCUUGGGGAAGUCUGUUUAAGAAAGGGAAAAAGAUUAAAGACCAGCCUGAGAUGGACAUGCUGUACUUACAAGGUCUGUGUGGCAGUGUGAUGGCGCAUAAGGAGGAGCUGCUUAAGGCGCUACACCAUAUGAUACCAAUGGUCCUCAGCAACCCUGAGAAAGAAAAAGCAAAUACAAACUUAACUGGUGGUGCCACCUUUUCUUCUUCACCUGUACAGCUUAAGGGAGAAGUACAUCAAGAGCACCAAGUGCUCUUAACUCUCUUGGGACUACACGUGUCUACCAUGGUAAAGGAGAAUCCUAAAUUUUACCUCAACACCAUGGAUGACCUACUGAAAGGAAAGAAAAGUCCUCCUGUAAAGCCAAAGACAUCGUCGGAAGGGCCGAUGUCUGAGACAGAGCUCAAGACGUACACCCUGCAUGUAUGCAAUUCUUUCUCUCAUUUGUUUGAAGGAAGGCUAUCUCCAAACAAGUCAGAGAAGCUUUCACCCAAUGCUUUUGGUGGAAAACCAGAGACAUCUUUGAGAGAGAGCUCCAACACAUUGAUUGACAUGUUUACCAAAUGGAUCUGGGGAACAUCGUACAAUUAUCUCCACGGCAUGACAGUGGAAGGCGUCAACCCCAGUGUCCUUAAAGCAAAGACAAGAGGCUACAUAGAUGCUGGACUGUUACUCAACUUACCCUAUUUCUCAGUGCUGAGAAAAGAACGAGACAUUGACCUCAUCGUUUCCCUUGACUUCGGUGUAGGAGAUCCUUUUGAGACGGUGUAUAAAGCUGCUGCAAUGUGUAAAGACCUACAGAUUCCUUUCCCUAAAGUCGAUGUACCCCCUGGAGAAAAGGCAAAACCAAAGGACUUCUAUGUGUUUAAAGAUGACACCAAAGCUCCAACUGUGAUUCACAUCCCUCUUUUCAACGAUGUGAACUGCAAGGGAGAAGUUGAGAAGUGGAGGCAGCGAUAUCAGACUUUUCAGAUGAGCUACAGUCAUGAAAUGAUCUCAGAUCUUCUGGAGAAAGUGGGACUAAACAUCAAAAACAACAAGAUGAAACUGCUCAAGGAAGUUAAAAACAUCAUUGAAGAAAGAAAACUUCUAAACAUGGAAAAGCCUGAUGUAUAUAAAUAAGACAGCAUCAUGAGUGCUUCAAGAAAAUGUGCUGAACAUCAGUUGUUUUGAAAAUGUAAACAAUAUCGGGGUUAUGUGGGUGGACAUUUUAUGACUUAAUCCCAUUUUAUGGUAUUUUAUGGGUGGACAUUAUGAAUUUUAUAAAUGGGAACCAAUUAAAAAUAAUCAUAGAAUAUAGAAAUGUAAUUUUUUGGUUUGUUUGUUUUGUU